GCUGAUUAUACCGGCGGAAAUGAGCAUUUCCUUCCUCUAUCCUUGAAAUCGAAUCCCCUCUCUCCCACCUCAAACUAAUGGGAGUAGUGCAGAUCGAAAGGGCUACUCUUGACCAUAUGUGAGCCUCCUCCCAAAUUUUCUUUAUAAACACCACGGCUUCAACAACUUCACACUCAUGAGACUUCACGAAACAGGCCAUUGAACCCAAUAAUACUAUGGCUAGCCAUACGCGCACCUACGCUGUUCUCGGUGCCACGGGCAACUGUGGCGCUGCACUCAUCGAGAAUCUCCUGAAGUCUCCCGAGACACAAAUCCACGCCUAUUGCCGAAACACGGCGAAGCUUCUGCGGCGGUUUCCGGACGUCAAGUCGGGGGGUAGAGUCAACAUUUUCGAAGGUAGCAUCCAAGACAUCGACCUCCUAGCAUCGUGCAUCCGCGACUGCCGGGCCGUUUUCCUGGUUGUUUCCACCAAUGACAACAUCCCAGGUUGUCGUCUCGGCCAAGACACUGCCGCUGCCAUUGUCCAGGCUUUGCAACGGCUCCGGCAGCAGAGCAAGUCAAACGGCCAUGGACACGGUGCCAAGCAUGCUGUCACCCCCAAGCUGAUUCUACUCUCCUCGGGUACGAUCGACAAACAGUUCUCCCGACAUGUUCCAUUCAUGCUGCAACCAAUCCUCCUCCGCUCGGCUUCCCACGUCUACCACGACCUCAUCGAGACGGAGAAGAUGCUCCGAGAACAUGAGGACUGGUUAACGACUAUCUACAUCAAGCCGGGUGCUCUGUCGGUCGACGUCCAGCGCGGGCACGCCCUCAGUCUCACCGACCAGGACAGCCCGGUGUCUUAUCUUGACUUGGCAGCAGCCAUGAUCGAGGCGGCCACGGACGACAGCGGCCGCUAUGACAACCGGAACGUCAGCGUGGUCAACACCAACGGCGCCGCCAAGUUUCCGGCGGGCACUCCAAUGUGCAUUCUGAUGGGCUUGCUGAGGCACUUCUUUCCGUUUCUUCACCCGUACUUGCCAAUGAACACGGGGCCAUGAGGGACGUUUCCUGGGUUGGACGUUGUAUGCGAGCUGAUAGAUGGCCCGAGAUAUGGCAAUGUGACGGAACCUUCUCAUGACUAGCAAUUAUUUCUUAGCUCAAGUAUCAGAAAAGUUAGAAACACAUGUAUAUUGAAGCUAAACUGUUUGUAAUUACUCACUGCAUUCCACUGCGUUGAAAACCGGGUAUUAAGAUGGAACUGAGGGAAACGAUACCCACAUGAGCCCGACGAGUUCGAAAAGGGGCUUAGAACUCAGUACCCGCCUACGGCCAUCAUAUCUACGUCUGUCACUCGGACUCACCACCCAG